AGGCAUGUUCUUUUUCGAAAAUAUCGAUAACUCGAUAUACGUACUGUUCGAUUCGUGCGCCGCACAUGGUCCGUCAUGGCGCAAACUUGAGUUACCGGAGUCAAUGUUAUCGUUGGAUAAUAAUAAUCUCGUGCCGAAGUUAAUAAGGAAAAGUGAAGAAAUUAGGAAUUUACGCAUAACGCUCGUAUUCUUAAGCGACUCGAACAGAAGGAAGAUCGAACCGAACAGAUGUAGAUUUCAGGAUUUGCAAUGUGAUUGUUUCGCCUCGGUUCAAAGCGGGGGUGUGACGAUUUUUAAGGGCGAUCUCGAAAGAUAGUUUCUUUUUCAAACCGGUAUUACAUUAGAUUGUUAGCAGUAUCGUUGGUUGUGCCUUUUAUAGCUUUACCGAAAAUCAUAUUCUCAUUGCUUUUUUCCCACCUACGUUUCUUCGUUCGUCUUUCCAGGAAUAGCGAUUAUCGCGUAGGUUAUACAACCAUUUGUUGUUAUUUGUCUCUAAUACAACCGAGUCCUUAAAUAUUUUUAAUGCAAAGUAUAUGUGUUGGAAUCACGCAUCAAACAUUAGGAUAGAAAUGCCGUUGAGUCCAACGAAUCAUAAUAUAUCUACCGACACCACAGAAAGUGUAAAUCCUGGUACAUCUGCUCAUGUGACAUCGACUUGCUGUACUCCACCUCCGUCAUAUCAUAACAUUAAUUUACCUCUUGGACAUCCUUCCACGUUACCUAGCGAUCGUGGUGCACCGCCUUCUUACGAAGAAGCCAUAGAUCCUAACGCACCUCCUCCCUCGUAUGAUUCUUUGUUCGGUCGGAUGAGGGAGGCACACAAAGUCUCCAAAGGUGUAUUUGAUUUUCUCAAAAAUAUAAUUGUUCUGCUUGUGGGUACAAUUGGAUGCACUAUUAUUCUCGGCGUGACAAUAGUAGUUCCAAUAUGCAUGAUGAUUAUUGGAGCAUUGUACCUUUACGACUGCCCACAGGGUGAAUACAUACCUGUUUAUUUACUAGUAGGUGGAGGAUUUGGUGUAUUUAAACAAUUAUUACAUUUAUCUGCACGCGUAAGACAGCGACAAGAAGAAAGAGAUGAAGAAAGGAUUAGACAAUCUCCAACGCAAACAUUGAUUAAUUGCUUCAUGCUGGGCUGGUUUAUCAUUGGUUCUAUGUGGGUGUAUAAGGAAUACGAACCAAAUUAUGAUCCAUCCCUUGGGAAAUAUUGCAACAAAACUUUAUAUUUAUUUGCUUUUUGGUUGAUAACCUCUGUUUAUAUAUGUCUGGGCGUUAUAACAGCCGGUCUUUGCAGUAUUUCCGUAGCCAGUAUUGCGUUCCAAAGGCCACCACCUGAUCUUAUGUAAGAAAUAUUAAUAAUUUCAAAAGAAACCAAGAAUCGUUAGAUGUUUUGACAUUUUGGGAGCAAAAAAUGAGAGUGUACACAAGAAGACAUCUGUUGACGAAAGUCACUCGAUAUUGGGGCACAAAAAAUUCGUCCACGUUUAUGUACCUGAGAUACUUAAACGACAACUUAUGCACAGAUUAUUUGCGCGUUAGAAAUACCACUAAAUACUUGCACUUCUCGGACUAUAAAUUGGCGGUUGGUUAAGAAAAAGUUUUCGAUAUUAUCAUUACAUUAAUUAUAAAUACUCAUAUUCUUUGUAUUUCUAAUUUGUAAUUUGGUUACAAAUCUUUAAUCGAUAAUGGUGUAAAAGAUGUACGUACUCCUAAUUUGCCAGUGGCCGAUUGGUUUACGCAAGAAAAAAAACGCUUUAAUCACUUUAGGCUGUGGAUAUUUCGUGGUAAACACGGAUCUUAAUCUUGUGCCAAGAGAAAGCAAGGUCGUAGAGAAAAGUAUUUUGUUACUGCAGUUUAGUAUCGAAUACAGGAAAAAAGGUGAAUGCGAUAACCGUAUUUGAGUACGUAAAAGUGAUAUCUACGACCUCGCGUUACGUCGCAUAUGCUUCGACUUGAAAUAUUCGAUCUCUUACGUCUCUAAUACACUUUAUUAGCAUUAAAAAUGCCCUAUUGAUAACACUAUUACAAUCUUUUCAACGACAAACGGUAGCUGUUCUUAAAUGAUCAUAAGAUAACUAUAAACGAACAAAGAUCUUCACUUAGGUGUGACACGACUUAUUACUUAUGGUAAAAAAGACUGCGAUAUUUCGCGUUAACUUUAUAUUUUUUUGCCCUCUCCUCCGUCCUUUAAACCUUUAGCGACCUCCAUUGGGCCUUCAUUGUCAAUGCAGUCAGAUGUAAUCUGUACGGCAACCUUUAUCGUGUAAUCCAUACCGCUUCAAGAUUUCUAACUUUCCACUUUCUAAAUUAAGAUAUUGAUAUAAAUACGUUUUACCGGAUAUUUCGAAGCACAGGACAAUUAUAAAGCCAAUAGUUAUUGAUUAUUGAUACGAUUUUGGAAAUAAGUAUGGUAUAUCCAAAUUGAUAUUUAGGCAUAGUGGAGGAAUAUUAAUUUAAGAAUAAUGUAUUAUAGGCAUAUAACAUUGUAACAUCUCUUCCACUUUCAUACAUCUUUAGCUACUUUGUCUUCCUAUUAAGUAAGUUAUAAAAUUAAUUAUUCUGAAAAGAAAUGUAAUCUCAUCACUAUAUCGAUCGACUAAAACACGCGCUUGCGAAUGAAUGUUGAGCAAGCUUGUGCUUUUCAAUAUAAUUAAGUGUAUCUUCGGCAUAAGAAACUUAAUGUUGGAUGAAGCUGGCUAGAUUUGUACAUACAUAACAAUGUGAUUUGAACGCACGCUAAUACGAACGAGUAUGUUACUCGCAUUGCAUUUAUCGCUAAUUAUAACUUUACACUAUUAUCCUGGCAAACACAUAUUUUAUGCGAAAGCAGUGUGUAUCUGUAAAAAUGAACCCUAUUAUAUCGUGCAUUAUAAGCACUUACUCACAUUUCUUAUUAUAAUUUCCUAAAUAAACGGCUUAAAAUUAACCGUUCGUAUUAUCCUUUCAACGCGUUGUUACAUUAUAAUGCAUCAUUUGCAAUGCCGAAGUUCGUCGAUCUGGUCUCUCUUAUUCUGUUACGUUCGUAAUCGUAAAAACGGGGAUUAAUAUAUUUUCAUAAAAUAAUUGUAUAAUUUCAGGGAGUUUCUCUUUCACUAUAGAGAUAAUACUUGUGAGAUCAAACGCACCUAAAUAUAUUAUGCUAUACUCAUAUGUAUUGUAAAUAUUUAAAAUAAUAUUACAUAUUAUAGCAAUUUAUUAUAUUAUGCUGCUACUAUGUUAUUGUCUUGAUAUUAAUAUAAGAAAUAUGAUAAUAUAUGAUAAGCAUAAUAUAAUAAAAAAAAAUGCAAAAAGAAAAACAAGAAAAAAAAAGUAAACAUUAUCGUUGUAGUAACCGAUCUUUUUCUUACUAUUCUUACUAUUCUAUCAUACGAGAUACUUCUAAAUGUUACAAGCCAUAUAGUAUAGCACUACUUCGUAAUAUAUAAAUAACGCUUCCAUGAAAGAAAGUACUAAAGGACUUGCCUGUAACAUCGAAUAAGUGAAAAAAGAAAAAAAUAGGCAAGCGUGAAACAAUAAAUAAAAAUAACAAUACGAACGAAGAAAAAGAAGAGGAGAAAAGUUAUGGUCAUGAUACCAUACAAUUUUAAUACUUAUAUUUCGAAGAACAAACGCAUAUUUAUACAUCUAGGUGAGUAGUCACAAAUCGGAUGGCCUUAUCGGGAAAUCUUCUGCAUUUUCGUACUCUUCUUCUUCAUCGUAGUGAUAUUUUAAAUAUUCUUCCGGUUCCAUCCAAGGCUCAUCGGGACACUUGUCUGUCAAGGAUUGUAACGAUACCUGGAAAAAGAUCAAGAAGUAAAGAAAUUUGAGAAACGAAUGAGCAAGGAAACUCUUGUCUGGAAGAGAAGAGGAAACUCGAUUUUAUCACAGAAAUAUGCCGGAUAUACAUCGAGUACAUAUCGUAAUGAACGACGGCUUAAAGUAAAAUCGAAAAACGAGCGGAACACUCAACCCGGAUAUCGUGAUUCUAUUAAUGAACAUCCAAGUUGUCUGGCAAAAAGGACGGAAAUAGAAAGCCGGAAAUUCUCGUUAAUACGAGGACAAUCGAAUAAGGCUCGGUCCAUUACCGAUAGCCGUACUUCCGCUUUUCGCGAUUUCCAGACGCCGAAGAGGAUAACACUACGGAGCGAAACGAGGAAGAAAUUGAAUUUUAUCGCGUGCCUUCUCGAUAUUAAAUUAACAAUGAGACUCGUAACUUCUCCGGAAAGAGGUGUUCGAUGUUCUGAUUAAAUCAGACGGACUCGACUAAUCCAAAGUAAUAUGUAUGUAUGUGUACAUGUAUGUAUAUGUAUGUGUAUAUAUAUAUAUAUAUAUAUAUAUAUAUAUAUAUAUGUAUGUACGUGUUACCGGUGCAUCGAUUUCUAUAGAAAAGUUUAACGA